CUCCGCUCACAAGGAUGCUGGGGGGCGAUGCCUGGCGCCAGGGAGGACGAGAUCUGCCAGACCGCGCUGCAGCUGCUGGCCGAGCUCUGCUCCAUCGGCGCCGUGGAGAGCGAGCACUGCCGGGACUUCGUGUACUACCUGCGGGACAGAGCCCGGCCCCGCCUCGCGCACUCGGAUGUCUCAGUAAGCUUGCUAUCCUUAGUUGUCACAGCCUGUGGACUUGCUCUGUUUGGUGUGUCUCUGUUUGUGUCCUGGAAGCUUUGCUGGAUCCCUUGGCGAGAACGUGGCCUGCCUUCUGGAAACAAAGACAAGCAGGAUUCGCUGAACUAUACAGACACAGAAACCAAUGACCAUGAAUAUAGCGAGGAUUACUUGGGACAGCCUACUUCCUACCCAGAGUCUUCCAUGAAAAUUAGCCACACUUCCCCUGAUAUUCCAUUAGAUGCUCAAGCAGGGACCAAGGAGAACUGUGUACACAAUGUCCGAAUGCAUCGCCAAAUCACAGAACCAACUUCUUCUGCUCGGCACAAUUCAAUCCGAAGACAGCUCAACCUUUCAAACCCAGACUUCAACAUCCAGCAGCUUCAAAAACAGGAGCAGCUGACUGGGAUUGGACGCAUUAAACCGGAGCUGUAUAAGCAAAGAUCAGUGGACACUGAUGACGGGCGGAGAAACAACAGCAAAGCCUGUGGGAAGCUCAACUUUAUUUUGAAAUAUGAUUGUGACUUAGAGCAGCUGAUUGUAAAAAUUCACAAAGCUGUCAACCUGCCAGCAAAGGACUUUUCUGGGACUUCAGACCCUUAUGUGAAGAUCUAUUUGCUUCCAGAUAGGAAAACAAAACACCAGACUAAAGUGCACAGAAAAACCCUAAACCCAGUAUUUGAUGAAGUUUUCUUAUUUCCUGUUCCAUACAAUGACCUGACCACAAGGAAGCUCCACUUCUCUGUGUACGACUUUGACAGGUUCUCCAGGCAUGACUUGAUUGGCCAAGUGAUAGUGGAUAAUUUUUUAGAUUUGACAGACUUUCCCAGGGAAUGUAAUAUUUGGAAGGAUAUUGAAUAUGUCACCAAUGACAACGUGGAUCUUGGUGACCUGAUGUUUUCACUCUGCUACCUUCCAACAGCUGGUAGACUAACUAUUACCAUAAUAAAGGCAAGAAAUUUAAAAGCAAUGGACAUAACAGGAGCAUCAGAUCCUUAUGUGAAGGUUUCUUUAAUGUGUGAAGGAAGGCGACUAAAGAAGAGGAAAACUUCCACUAAGAGGAAUACACUUAAUCCUGUUUACAAUGAAGCCAUAGUCUUUGAUGUCCCUCCGGAAAACAUUGACCAAAUUAACUUGUCGAUAGCUGUUAUGGAUUAUGACCGUGUAGGUCACAAUGAGGUCAUCGGAGUGUGUCAAGUAGGCAACGAUGCAGAAAGCCUAGGGCGAGACCAUUGGAACGAAAUGCUCUCGUAUCCUCGGAAACCCAUUGCUCACUGGCAUCCGCUUGCAGAGUGGGUUGGGCAAGGAACUACAGUUGGAAGCACUCCAGGGUCCUGCAAUUCUCUGAAAGGACCUCCCUCUCCUUGAAGGCACGUGAAAUGUACAAAUCCAGAUGGCAGUGAUGGACCUCACUCAGGAAGGAUAACUUCAGGAAUACCCAUCCCAGCUACUAAGUGUAACAGCCCUGGCACAGACGGGAAGAACACAGAGGGGACUGGAAGCAUCCAGGUUGUUCGUUUUCCAUUUUUCUGUUUUUUUCAGUUCCUCUUAUCCUUUGGCCAAACUUAGGCAUCCCUAAAACUGGAAUUUUUUUUUCAGCUGCAUGCUGGACAGUUGUCAUUCUUUUCUUUUUUAACACUCAUUGCAAAGGUGUAUAAAGAGAACUGUGUUGUUUUGAUAUAACUUUGAUUUUACUACACAUGAACAUUGUAUUAUACUUUACUCUUUCUUGUUCAAUGAGUAGUCCUGGUAUAUCUGUGUUUCAUGUCUAAUUUUGGAGAGUAGAGUCACAUCUUUAUCCAAACUCUCUCCGUUAGGUGGACUUUAUCUUUGUUCAGUAGAGGUAAUGCAUGAUUCUUUUGCAGUAAUGGUUGAGGGAUAAAAUAAAUGCAUUUAAAUUUCUUAAUUUUAUAAAAAAAGUAUAACAUUCUUCUAAA